AUGUCCCACGCAUCUCAAGUGUACGAAUACGAUGAGCAGGGCGUGCGGUGGUCGGUGGUCAAUCCGGAUGACGCCUGUGGAGUCGCGGUUUUGCGUAGGGGGAAUCGUUUGCGUAUAGUACAUCGCAACAGAAGGCAGACCGCGCAAGAAGAUGGAUUUGAAGAGAACGGAGGGACUGACGCUGAAGACCAGCUUCUGCCUGAAACCGACGCCAGCACAAUUCAACCAAGUAACAUCUUCCUUAACACAGUCGACCGCGAACAACACAAUCCGCCAGUCGACAAUGGAACAGAGCAGCUACAAGCCCCAUCCACCGCCGCGUACGUUCCAACGCACUUAACCGCUCCCUCAAUUCAAUCGCCCUACUCCGCGGGGGGCUUCCACCAAGAUAUAACGAGCCUGAAAGCCCUCAUUUCAGACGUUCUCAAAAACGCUAGAAACCUGCAGCAGGACCUAACUGAAAGAGCCGAGCAUCAGCGGAGAAUCCUGACCUGGUUCUCACCACCGGUCAUAUACACAAGUGAACCACCACGGCUUUCCCUACUCCUUCAACCAGCGGAGCCUGCGCUUCUGCAGCCGUUGGGCGCUCCACCACGCCCUCUCUCUCAUCAUACUCUCAGAGCCGCACCGCCGCAGAUUCCGCUCUCGUUACAGCCCGGUCCGCACCAGUCCUUCCCUCCGCCAGCCAUUCACCCACCUCUCCACCUCCCUGCCGACCAUGAGCACUGGGACUUUUGCCCGUUGCCAACGCUCAUGCCGAACACGGGGCACCGAGGAGCGCCGAACCCGCGACCCGAUCUUCAUCACUCCCACCUGGCCUCCCUGCCCUGGUCUACCCAGCAAAGGCUGCCGUACCUAGACCCCCCACCGGUUGAACGAGGGAGAUUGCGGAUACCAGUAGAGGAGGCGGAGGACGACGAGACGCCGCGCUUCCCGGAGGGAUGGUUUCGGGACGACGACUUCUGA